AUGUGCUCGUGGGGCUCGUCGACGCAGCAGGCCAAGUUCUACAAGGGCGCGCUGGCCGAUACGCCGUGGAACAAGGAUCUCUUGUGGCGUCACCAAGUCGCCAAAGAAAUCACGCAAACCAAAGUGCACGACGGCGAGCUCCCGCCGACAGACGCCACCAAGCGGCUGCGCGCCCAGCGCAUGAAGAUGGGCGUCACGGGCACGCUCGUUCCGGACGUGACGCCGCGGGCCUUGGCGCUCGCGUCGCGGCCGCGCACAGCAACAUCGUUUUCGGGGCGCUCCCGGUCGUCAUCAAUAGGCUCGCGGUCGUCGCUCACCGCAUCCACCAGCUCGAUGGCGUCAACGCUCUCGCUGCAGCACCGGUUGGAAGCCAAGGUCGAAGCCGAGACGGCCAAGGUCGCAGCGGCGACGCAGCGGCAGCUCGCGAGCCUCCAAGCCGAGCUCCGCGAAGAGGCGCGACAGCGCAAGGCGGCCGAGCGCACGAUUCAUUUGCUCUGUGCCAAGCUGAACGUACGCGACCAGCAUCAGAGGACCACGCUGCAACGCUAA